AUGUUAUACGAGCUCAUUGCCAUUGUGCGACCCGGCAGCCUCAAGGAGGUUAAGGAGAUUGCAAGAAAUGCCGGUGCUCAAGUGCUCCGCUCCGGCGGCGUAGUCCGCGGCUACACAAACUGGGGAACCUUCACGCUGCCCAAACCCACGACAAAACAUCAAGCCCGUUAUUCUGAAGGCUGGCACUUCAUCAUGCGCUUUGAUUCAUCUGGCCCCGUCCAGUCUGCCGUUCGCCGAACACUCUCCCUCGACCCGCGAAUGAUCCGGUUUUCCGUUGUCAAGCUCGGUAAUAAAUUGGAGGAGAUCAACCAUGUGCCCGGCAAAGUUGAGUGGAACUUGGAAAAGUCCAGUUUGGCGGACUCUAUCGGAGGCCAAGACUCUGGAAGCUCUUAG